GCAUUCAGCAGAGCAUGCAUAGAACUCACGCCUUCAAGACUACUAAGUUCCACACAUUCGCCUGACGAGCCGCCUUUCGCUCCCACGCAAUUGCUGGCAAAUGCCAUCCCUGCUCUAAUAUCAAGGGACGUCUAUCUGCUCUGAGGAGCGUCUGUGUUCGUUUCUUAGAAUCUCCGUUGUGUGCGUUACUACUAGCCGUGAACGAAGUUCCUCGGCCUUGUGAGGGAGCUUCGUUCCGCAGCUAACCCGCGCAUUCCGUGCUAUGUUGGUUCGUCUGAGUCAAAGGUGUAGAGUUUUAGUUUUUUUUUGGCGCCUAGUGAAUAGACCCGCGCAUCUUGUGCUGUGUUGGUUCGUCUAAGUCUGACGUGUAGACUCUCAUCUCCCAGCUGUUGGAUGCACGGAAUAAUAGGUAGCAAUGGAGCACCUCUUUGUUCGAGGCCCUACUACAGUAUUCCUUCACUCUUAACGAGUCGAUCCCCGACGCUGCGUUAUACAGGCUCGCGUGAAAAGCGGCAUCACAGGUUGAAGCGGCAACACGGAGUGCAGCGCGUUUUGCGCAGAGCACGAUAGGCCGGAGAGAAGGAGGCAUUCUUGCCAAGGAUUGUGCGUCAGUGAGAAUGGGGUCCACGCAACCAUGGCGAUCAGCAGCCACGCAAUCAGCGCGAUCAGCAGCUAUGCAAUCAUGGCGAUCGCCAGCCACGCAGCGUCCUCUUUCGCAGCAGAUGCCGAGUCCCCUAAGUUCCAGAACCCCCUCACGUUCCAGAAACUCCCUAAGUUCUGGAAAUUCCCUAAGUUCUGGAAACUCCCUAAGUUCUAGAAACUCCCUAAGUUCUAGAAGGUACCGAAGUGUUAGAAGUUACCGAAGUUCCCUCAUCAUCAUGGAGCAAUCUCCCCUCUCCUCUCUGGCUUCUUCGCCUCGCUUUGGUUUGCGCCAGCUUCGCGCUAUACCCGUGCGCAAGUCCCAACAGUCAUCCGCGUUAAAGGCAGUCUCGGUACCGGAACAAGCAGACUCGUCCGGCGUUGUUGAAGAUUCCGCCGCAUGCUUAACGAAGCUUGCUGAUUGGCUGGCUGGUCUGGGCCAUGAUCCGUUGGGGAUUCGCCUCGAGAUUGCCGCAGAUGGGUCGUCCAGAAGUGGUUCUCCAGUGACAAGCGUCUCUGCAGUAACCAGUGGUGCUACAGUAAAAUAUGACGCUUCAGUAGAGAGCGGCGCUAAUAAUGCAGUGAAGAGCGGUGCUACAGUUCACAGGAUCGGAGCAGUGGCGGGGUCCAAGGGGGUGAAGCAAGGGGAGGUGACAGUAGCGGUGCCACAUGCUGCUAUGAUGAACGUGCAGACAGCGAUGGAGUGCCCUGUGAUUGGCCCAGUAAGCCGAGCCUCCAAGCUGACAGGCUGGCAGACGCUGCUGCUGCACCUGCUGUGGGAGCGCGCCAAGGGGGAGGGAAGCUUCUGGGAGGCUUACGUCGCGGUAUUGCCUUAUGAGCAUGAGAUGGCUCAAUCCCAUCCACUUAUGUGCUCUGAUGAUUGGCUCAGCUAUUGGCUCCAAGGCUCCCCACUCCUGCAAACCAUCCAAUCCCGCUGCGACAUGUGCAGGUCAGAUGCUGCAGCGCUGGUAGCAGCAGGAGCCAACAACCUGCCGCUGCCACACACUGCACCCACCCAGCCAUUGGUAUCAGAGCAGCAGCAGCAGCAUCACUUGGUAUCAGAGCAGUCUGUGCGGUGGGCUGCCAGUGUGCUACUCAGCCGGGCGUUUGCCCUCGACCUAUCGCUAGACCCUGUUAAGCCAUUCCCAGGAGAUGACAUCUCCACUCCAGGCCUCACCCUCUGCCUCGUCCCCUGGGCUGACUGCCUCAACCACAGCAGCGCUGCCACUGUUGUUUCCUGCUUGGCUUACGACCCUGACUCUCGAACCGCCAGGCUCGGCGCGCACCGAGCCUACGCGCCAGGCUCGGAGGUGUUUGACUCGUACGGCCCGUGGCUGAGCCCGAGGCAACUGUUUCUGGACCAUGGGUUCGUGGAUGAGGUGGUGUUCGAAGGGCUUAGACCUCUUAACGAGGAUGCUCUUAGUGCAGCAAUGGGUCAUGAGCUUGUAGAUCGAAUGGGUUUUCAAGGGGCGAAGGAGGAGGAGGAGGAGUGGGAGGAAGAGGAGGAGGGGUGGGAGGAGGAGGAGCAUGGGAGAGGUGAGGAGGAUGAGUAUUGCUGGACUGGGCAUACAGAGCACAGUGACCAUGUGAUCGAGCUGCCUGCCAGCAUCUUGGGCCCCUUCGACGACACUCUCAACACCUCGCUGCUGGAAGCAGCAGGCCUUCCCAUUGACUCCUCCCACUUCUCUCUCACCCCAGCCGGCCCUGACGACAGCAUAGUGGCUUGGCUUAGGGCCGCUUUGGCCUCUGCUGCUGAGCUGGCAGCGGCUGGCUGGCGCCACGUAGACGCCUCUGAUUGGCUGAGUGGCGGCCGCAGCUGGCGCCUGGAGCAGAGAGCAGCAACGGUGAUGGGAAGGAUUGCAGGGGGAGGGGCGACUGGGAAAGACACUGAGAGGGAGCUGUACAGCCGCCUUGCUUCUGCUGCUCGCUUGCAGCUGCAAGGAUACCAAACAACAAUCGUGGAGGAUAUUGCCCUGCUCUUUCAGCGGCCAGCAUUGGACCCAGGCUACUCCCUUCAAAGCUCGCCAGCCAGGGAAGCAGACCAGAGACCCAUUGAGAGGGCAGCGGUAGCAGCACUACUGAGCGAGAAGCUGGCUCUGUCUGGCGCUAUUCAGCUGAUGGCAUCUGAGCUUCAAGCACUAGAGACACAGGGUUGAGCCUAGAUUACCAAGGCCCCUUAGAGGGCAGCGGUAGCAGCGCUGCUGAGCGAGAAGUGGCUGGCGUAAUCCAGCUGAUGACAUCUGAGCUCCAGGCACUUGAGUCCUGAGCUACUCCGGCCUUCCAAGGCCUCUGAGAUUUCACCUGUAACAGCAGCAUCAAAUGAGAAGCUGGCUCUGUCUGGCGCAAUCCAGCUGAUGGCAUCUGAGCUCCAGGCACUAGAGCCACUCAUAUGAGCCUGCAAGCUGCUCGGUGGUACCCAUGCCCCUAGGAAGGAGUGCCGUGGCAGCAAGUCCAUUAGUGAGCUGGCACUGUCUGGCGCUAUCCAGCUAAUGGCAUCUGAGAUUCAGGCAGUAGAGCCACUCCAGGCACCCAGCAACCAUCCACAGUGAUAGGCACAUGUUCUUAGUCCUUUCAUGAUCAGACUGCAUUUGAUUGACAUGCUCAUACAG